UUCUUAAAAUGGCUGUUUUGAUAUUUACGGAGAAUACAAAUUAAACGUCACAAAGUUAUAUUUUCGAUAAAUAUGUGUUAUAAAAAAUUUUCAACAUGAAUUUUGCUACCGAAAUAUUGUAUUUAAAAGUAUAGUGAAGUUUUCAAGUACCAUUUCAUCUAUAAUCGUUAUCUGCGUAUCUGGUAAUAAAUGAAAAACGAACGGAAUCAUCAUACGACCGGUGUUUUGGCAAAAUAACCAAAACGAGGUCUAAAAAACCGAGGAAGGAGAAGCAACAGUCUGAGUUGCUUCUUGGUUCCAGCGAUUCAGAUGAACCAGAGGAUGAUAUCCUGUCCAUGGCUAUGAUUAAAGAGAAACAAAAGGAUAAAUGUGGAAGCGCUGAUAAGAAGGGUAAAAAUAAUUCAAGCGGUUCAACGGUGGUCGGCAAUAACGAUGAUUCUUUGAAAUCCGACGUCGGUUUAGAAAAUGAUAUUGAUAUUAAAGACGAAUCGUUUAGUAUUGCCGAUGAUAUUAUGGAUAAAGUUACGACUAAUUCGCCAACUACUGUAGCAUGUUCGUUCACUGAUCCGAAAAAUUUUGUCGCCAUGGAUAUCUGUCCUGUCGAUCCUAAAUUAGAUGGCAAUACGUUCAAUAGCAAUUUGUCAGCAGCGUGUAAAUCGCAAGUUAAGACUGAAGACAUAAUAAGUACAGAUGCUGACUUCUCCCCAGAUUUUAUGCUAGAUGGCCCAUUAUCUUCUUGUAAGCCGCAUAAGACUGAAGAUGUCAUGAAUUCUGAUCCUGGCUUUCCUCCAGAUUCAUGCAAUAGUAUGCUAUCGUCGGUACCGAUGAACGUUGGUUCAUCGGAUCCUAUGGUCGACGGUAUGCAGCCUUUAUCUAGCAAUGUUAUGAAUAAGCAGCCCUCAACGAUAGACGCUCAAUAUAUGCAGCAGCAAAGUCAAGUGUUCGUAUUCUCAUCACAGUUGGCGAAUAAAUCAGCCGACUCGGUCAUACAAGGAGAAUAUCCCUCUAUUAUAGCGUAUCAUUGUGCUCAACAAAACACGAAGAAAUUUCUAGAAAAAAAUUCGCAUAAAGUGAAUCAAUUUAAUAGACAGAAUUCGGCGCCUUGGAUGAACAACAUAGGUCCGAUGAAACAAAAACAUAUGCCAGUUGGUCCCAAUAGAUGUGGAGUCGGCAGGGGCGGUUUUCGAGGUCCUAUGAUGGGUCCUAAUAUGAUGAAUCACGCUCCCGGCAUGCCCGGAUCACCGGCCGGUAUGAAUAUGCCUCCUCGUUUACCAAUGUGGAAUCAACAAGGCAAUAUGAAUCCUAUGAAUGUAAAUAACGCUGCUAAUCAGCACGGUGGCCAUAUGAUGUCGCCGAUGUGCAAUAAUAAUGUAAUGCCCGGAUCCGGGCCGCCGGGCGGUCCAAUGCAGCCCCAAAUGAACCCCGUAUUACCAGGACAAAUGGGUCCGAAUACUGGCCCCAUGAUGCACGGCGUAGGCAUGCCGCCCAUGAAGUGUCCGUCGCAACCUUCGUCGAUGGAUAUGAUGGCCGGUGACUCGAAUACCUCGAAUCAAUUAUUAUCAAAUAACGUGUUACCUAAUCUCGGCAAUUUCACCGAUGAUCAGCUUCCCUUGUCUCCGCAGACGUCGCUGAUAGGAGUUAAAGUUCCUGACGAAAACCUAACGCCGGAGCAAAAAAUGCACCGCAAAGAGCAGCUGGAAACGUUACGUAAACUAGGCGAAAUGCUGUUACCCGAAGCUCAUCACCAGCAGCAACAACAGCAGCAAGCACAAGGCUCGGGGCCGGGUCAACCGCAAUCAACGCCACACCAUGGGAUGCCGUCGGAUAUGCAGCCGUCCGUUCACAAUCAACUCAGCGCCGACGAUAUCUCAUCGGUACUCGGAGGACCAGGCCCUAAAUCUGGCCCGGGUCCCGGUGGCGUUCCCACUUCGACUCCGCCAGGAGGCGCUGUACCUCCCGGAGGUCCUGGCAGCGGCCCUGGUGGCAUGGAUCCGGGAGAUAUGUCGAAUUUACAAAAGACUGUGUCAAAUCCGUCUGCGGCAGCGCACGCAGAUUGGCAAAAAAUGCAACCUUUCUUCGACGACCGUAAGCGCAAAGCGACCGGCGACGUAGCGAUGGGCCGAUGCGGCUCGACGUCCGGACCUCGAUCUCAAGGGCCGCCGCCGCCGUAUCAUCAAACCACCCGCUCGGCCAGCGUACCUAUUGCUAUACCAAGUCCGAAUCCUAACUCGCCCGGUAACGCUACAUCCAACUUGUCGCUUCCGUCGCCCCGAACGUGUUCCGGAUUAAAUUCGCCGGCGUCUAAACAAGGCCCUGGCCCGAGUCCUACCACUAAUCAACUAAAUACCUCCAUCGAGUCGCCCAGUCAUCGAGGUAUGAAUAUCAGCAAUCCCGGUACGCCUGUGUCCUCAACCAUGCACCUGUCGCCUAAUUCUAAGCAAAAAGAAGCCAAAAUGUGCGGCGGACCUUUAUCCAACGAAUUUUCACCCGCUACUUCUGGUCAGCAGUCACCUGAUGGUAUUUACUGUCGAACGCUUCAGUCACUCGCUCAACAACAACAGCAAAAGCAACAACCUCAACUGCCACAUAAUCAACAAAUGCAGCCAGGUGGUCCGCAUUGCAAAGAACCUAACCUAAUGCCGGUACCGUCGCCGCAACAUAUACAGUAUUUGAACGCGUUCGAAGGCCAAGAAUUAACCAUACAAAAGCAACCAAAUACCAGUCUAAAAGACACUACCAGUAUCGUCUCGCCAUCGUUAUCGACGGCAGCCUUAGAUACGAUAAUUCCUCCGGUCACGUCGUCUGACGGAAGCUGCACAAAAGUCUCGGUAUCAGCGCCGAAUACACCACUGACGCCAACGUCGCUCGAUUUAGGGGCGCGAUAUCCAGGCACGCCAGCCGAUUUCUCCGAACUUAGUCCAAAUGCCGGAGGUGGCGGCGGCGGAGGCGGUCCCGACUCGAAAUCGAACGUACAACAGCUACGCGGAGGCCCUAAUAAUUCCAAUCAAAUGAAGAACGAUCUUAGGUUCGCGUGCAGUAGUCCUCAGAUGUCCGAUCAGCAGAGGUAUCCUCCAGGCGGACCAGGUGGUUUCAUGGGUGGCCCCGGAGGGCCAGGCAAUAAACCUAAUUUCAUGGACGUAUCGUCGCCGGACAAGAUGUCUUGUACGAUGGGAGGCGGCGACGGCAAAGAUCCUGGUUCGUGUUCGGGUCCCGGAGGGCCGGGUGAUUUCGGCCGUCGUAUCGGAUCCGAUAACGUGCCGCUGAAUCCGAGCAUGAACACGACGUCGAAACCUUCGCAAUUCGAUCCUAUCUCUUCGCUGGCGCAGAUGAGUCAACAGUUAACCAACAACGUUCCCGGAUCGCCAGGACAGCAGCCUGGUGGCGGACCCAUGAUGCACGGCGGUAUGAUGCCGUAUAAUUCAGCCGGCGGCCAUAUGCCCAACAAUAUGCACAUGAUGCAAAUGAACGAAAUGGGCAUGUGUGGCGGUGGCCCCGGACCCGGUCCCGGAGGCGGCGGUCCUGGUGGCGGAGGUCCAGGAGGCGAUCCACAGAUGCCACCGGAUGGCUCGCGUAUGAUGUACAAUCCGCAAAUGGGACCUGGCAUGAAUCCGAUGCACGGCGGUGGUCCAAUGGGUAACAGCAUCGGACCACCUGGACCCGGCCAACGAAUGAUGCCUUGUCCGCAGAUGGGCAACGAUGGCCCACCUGGUGGACCCGGAGGCCCGAAGGGACCACCCGGUGGCAUGAUGCAGAACCCUUAUCCGCCCAUGAUGGGUGGCAAUUCGCCUAGAAUGAUGGGCCGACCACCCGGACCCGGAGGCCCGAUGCCUAACUCGUACAACGGCGCUAAUAUCCAAGUGAAGCCGAAUGCUCCGAAUACCAUUCAGUAUUUACCGAACAGGCCGCAGUCGACGUCUGUGGGGCCGCGCGGACCUCCUAGUCUGGAAUUCCUGCAGCGGUUCUCGAAUCCAGCCGGUAUGCCGCCUCACAUGGAGAACAAAAUGUCCCCGUCGCACAACAUGAACUAUUUCCCGAAUAACUACGCCGGCGGACCGGGCCCCGGACCUGGUCCAGGCGGACCGGGACCCAACAUGAACGAGAUGAUGGGCCAAAUGAACUGCAACAUGCCCCCCGGUGCGAAUCCGGCCACCGCCGCCAUGAUCCGAGCCGGUAUGCGACCACCGCCUCAAGGAGGACCGCCGCCACCCAGUAUGAUGCGAAUGGGUAACAUGGGAAUGCCGCCCUACGGUAACGAACAAAUGUACCCGCCCGGACCCGGCGGCCCACCUAAUCCCAACAUGCCCAAUAACAAUUGCCACAUGUUUAUGCCCAACUCCGGCCCGAACAAGAUGCCCUCGAUGGGCAUGGGCGGCGGCGUGGCUCCGGACGCGACCCAGCCGCUGCCACCCAGCAUUGGCCAGUCAAAUAACUUCAAGAAUUCACCUUUCAUCGGACCGACUACCGCCGAUCCUAAUUACGCGCAGCAAUUUCACAAUUUCCAGCAACAACUGUACGCGACGAAUACGCGGAGUACUAUGAACAAUCAAUCGAUGGCCGGAACAAAUCAGCAAUAUUUUGUACCAAAGUGAACCCUCUCCCUUCCCAUGCCCGUAUUCUCCCUUCACCCAUCUGUCGGUCUUUUGUAAUCGGUGUUUUUAAUUUCUUUUCUUUCUCACUCUUUCUUCUGUCUAUAUCUAUCAAUUUUACGUACAUACCUAUAUAUUUUUUUUCGUUCUUCGUUUUUUUCUUUCUCUUUCUUUUAUACAUAAUAAUUUUUAAUGAAUUUUUAUCGCGUGUAAUUUUACCAGUACAAAGUUGCUAAAAAAAAAAAGUAAUGAUAAUUCGUCGUUUAUAAAUAUCGUGUUUAUGUACAUAAUAUUUUGUAUAUUGUGUAUAUAGUACGUGCUCUUGACGAUUUUUUCCCCUCAUCCCCUACUUUAUUCCCCGCUUCCCUCAUUUUUUCUUGACCCAUCCUUGAGAUUUUUAUUUCGUAUUCUGAAUGUAGCAGAUUUUACUUUUUUUUCCUUUCCUUUUUAUAGUACCAUUUAUCGUGUUUUUCCUCCCUUUCUCAUUAUUAUUAUUAUUUAAUAUCCGUCGAGAUGAUAAAUAUUGUUUGUGAUAGUUUUAACUGCUGCGAUGAAUACGAAUAUAAGAAUUUUCAAGGGGUUGUAGCGCGUUAAGCUUUCCCAAGGGUGUAUAGAUAAUCGUGCAGCAACGGCGGCGGUGGCGAUGGCAAUAAUGGCGCGGGCGCCCGAUAAUCGUGAAUCAUGAUUUUUUGUUUGUUUUUGCAAUCGUUACGACUAUAAUGAGGAUUAAUUUUGUUUUUCGUGACUUAUAUAUAUGUUUUUUUUCCUGCUAAUUUUUGUUUUGUUCAUUAUUUGUGUUGACUUGGAGUUUUUCGUUAAGAUGAUAUCAGGGAUAUUUUUUGAUAUUUUGUCGAGCUACGAAUCGAAAAAGGGUUUCGAGCGAGGCUUUUUACGUGAAAAAAAAUUAAGGAAAUAUCCCGUGUAUUUAUAUAUUGUGUAAUUUUAUUAAUUUGUUAGCUCGUACGAAGUAUUUUUGAUGAUUUUUUUUUCUUUUCUUUUUCGAUAUAACGUUCGUGAAUUUUGUUAACGUUAAGAUAUCUAAUCGUAUAAAAUUUAAAAGCAAUUAAAA